UUCUGUGCUCGCUCUUCGUGAACUCCAACAUAGACCCAUCUCAGGCUCCAUCGAAUCGUAACCAUCACAUGAGGCAUUCAGUGAAUCGUCCACCGACACCAGACGCCAGGGAUGAUCGAGAAAAAGAGCCUUCGCUUCAAGAAAUCAUCAACAUCAAGUUGAUUGAGAGUGGGGAAAAAGAACGGCUGAUGGAGCUUUUGAGGGAAAGGCUCAUAGAUUGUGGGUGGAAGGACGAAAUGAAAGCCCUUUGCAGGGCUUUUGUGAAAAAGAAAGGUAGGAACAAUGUUACUGUGGAUGAUCUUGUGCAUGUAAUUACCCCCAAAGGCAGAGCUUCAGUUCCUGAUUCCAUAAAGGCCGAGCUGUUACAAAGAAUUCGAACCUUUCUGGUUUCAGCUGCUCAUUGAUAUAUAAGCUCUGUAUUGCCCAUCCAGUUAGAGUUUUAGGAAAUCAGAAUCCUUAUAUUGAAUGAAAUCCAGUGGAAGGUUUGUCUGGCAUGCUUUUUGAUUAAUUUGGGUAUCCGCUCAAAUUGCACCAUCUGACCAAGGAAAUGAAAUGUUGCAUGCCACAAGUUUAAGAAAGUUCAGCUUUCUGUAACAGCUACUUAAUAGUCUGAAGAACAAUUUGUGCUUGUAAAAUAAUCACUCUCAUGUGUCAAUAUGUUAUCCAUAUGAAUCUACUAUCUGAUUACUGGGCUCUUUCAAUUCUGUUGACAUUUUUCAGUUUA